CGUCAUUCCCGUUGAAUGCAUUGCUUGUGCAAUGUGGCCGUUGCAGUAGAGAAGUCGCAUCCACGUGCUCUUAUCUCACUCAAAUUUUGAAAUUACACCUUGUCAAUUACCAUCAUGAAGUCCACCUUCAAAACACUCGUCGAAACUGCAGACUCUUACCCUGUCAUUGAUAACCACGCCCAUCCCCUCCUUACCGCAGAGAAUAAAGCCUCUUUCCCGCUCGAAGCUCUGUUUACUGAAGCAGAAGGCGAUGCUAUAAAGGACUCGGUCCACUCUUUAUCUUGUUUUCGUGCAACCUCUCAAUUAGGACAAAUCUUUGGCUUAGAUGAACCUUCAUGGGACGACAUAAAGAAAAGGAGAAACGAGAUGGACUAUGGUGAUCUGUGUAACCUACUCAUGAGGCCGACCGGAAUCCAAUGUCUUUUGCUCGAUGAUGGCCUCGGAGGUGUCGCCGAAAUGGCUGAGGAUUGGACAUGGCAUCGUCAAUUCAACUGCUCCGUCAAGCGUAUCGUCAGGAUCGAAACUGAAGCUGAAGCUAUUCUUGAGCGCAUGGUAAAAGAGUCCGCGUCCGUUCCCAUGACUCUGGACGGGUUCACGAAACAACUUCAAAAGUCGUUCUCUGAGAGCGCCGCUAGUGAAGACGUCGUUGCAUUCAAGUCGAUUGCAUGCUAUCGUACCGGUUUAAAUAUCGCCACCCGGGAUUUAGAGAAUGACACUUACGAUGAUUAUGUUAUGGCAUACAAGAGGUGCUUAAGAGAUGAGAAGAUCAGGCUGGCCUAUAAGGCCCUCAAUGACCAUAUCGUUCGCGUUGCUCUUCAAAUUGCUGGAGAAUAUAACAUUCCAGUACAGUUCCACACCGGCCUUGGGGACAACGACAUAACACUAGCGUUCUCCUCACCCUCCCAUAUGCAACGUAUCAUCAAAGCCUACCCCAAAACCUCAUUCAUCCUACUUCACUCCUCGUAUCCAUACACACGCGAGGCAGGAUAUCUGACUUUGGUGUACGCUAACGUGUUUCUGGAUUUCGGGGAGAUUUUCCCCAUGGUUUCGGCACAUGGGCAGAAGGCCGUGGUUCGGCAGAUGCUCGAAAUAACACCGACGAACAAGAUUUUAUGGUCUACCGACGGACACUGGUUUCCAGAAACUUAUUAUCUUGGUACACUUCAGGCUAGAACCGCUCUGAGUGAGGUCCUCUCCGAAUUGGUCACUAGCGGAGACUUGACCGAAAAUCAGGCAGUGAAGAUUGUUCAAGACGUUCUGUUUCACAACUCGAAUCGAGUGUACAAUCUAGGACUCGAGCCAAACCUAGUACAUAAUGGGAAAUAGCGGCAGGAGUUAAUGCAUUGUAUUGGUACCUGGACG